UUAAUAUGCACUGCAAUCAGACGUGCGAAUUGAAAAACAAAUGAUCUGACACGCUCACCGACGCCUCUUGGUUCUGAGCCGCACGCAACGCGGCCAGCAUCUACAAUGAACUGUGAAGACUACACCAUUAUCCGAGGUCUGCCAAUGGCCAACUUGUUUCCCGAAGUCAACGUUCGUUCAGCGAUGAAUUACCAGCCACGCAAUAGGGAUGUGAUCAUCGUUAGUUACCCAAAAUGUGGCACGACGUGGACCCAAUACAUUGUGUCUAACAUUAUAACCAAAGGCAACCCGCCAAAUGAUCCAGGAGAAUUUAUGCUACACUCUCCCUUCAUAGAAUUGUAUGGUGCUGAAUCUGCAAUGAACCCAUCGAGGAAAGGUCCCAUUAUAACGCAUCUGCCAAUGAACGUGUUCCCGUACACCACGCACGCGAAGUACACUUACGUCGCCAGGAACCCUUACGACUGCUGCGUCUCGAAGUAUCACUUGUUGAAAGGCAUCACUCCAAAAGCUUACGAAGAUGUCUCCUUUGAAAGCUUUGUUAAAAAAUUUGUUUCCGGAAGACUGCUCUACGGAGACUACUUUGAUCACCUGCUUCCUUGGUAUGACCAACGAAACGAAGCAAAUGUGCUCUUCCUCACCUACGAGCAGCUCAAAGCCGACACGACGCAAUGGAUUUUCAACAUUGCCGAGUUUCUUGGCGAGGAGCAUAUUAUGGCUCUUAGGGAAGAUGACUUGCUCCUUCAAAGGGUAGUAGAAGCGGCGAGUCUGAGGAAUAUGAAGGUUGUCUUCAAUUAUAGCCCACACGAUAGAGUAAAUCGCAUGCUUGAACUUCCACCGGAAAAGUCUCUGAAACUUGCCGAAGUCUUUAAGAAAGCACCCGUAACGUAUAAAGAGACGCACGAAGGUUGCGGUUAUGUCCGCAAGGGAAUUGUUGGCGACUGGAAGAGCCACUUCACACCGGAGCAGAUUAAAAAAAUGAAGGCGUGGACUGAAAAGAAGACUAAAGGAAGCGAUGUCAUGGACUUGUGGAAAGACAUAGAUCUCCCUAGAGGUGUAGGGCACUGA